AUGGGGAAGAAAAAAAAGAAAGAAAAAGAGGAAGCUAUUUCCUUCCUUCCUUCCUUCCUUUUCCUUUACUUCGUUUCCAAAAAGGAAAGAAAGCAAAAGAGUGGGAAACGACUCAGGGAAAGAAUGACAGUUAUAGGAAGAAAUCAAAGAAAAAUUGAGUGUUUGCAGAAAAGAAAAGAGAUGGAAAAGCACAAGGAGUCCGUUGGAGGGGUUGUUGCAGCAGAAGGGGCGAGAUUCAAGAGAAAGAGAAGAAUACUACCGAGCAAUAGAAAGCAGAAUUUGAGGAUGAUUGAAGAACCAACACGUUUGGAAACAGCAGUCAACUCACCUAAGCACAGAAGCAAGGAAGUAAUCCCAGAUAGAUGA